GUCCGAUCUAGUUGCAGAGUCGAUGUUGAGAGAGACCCAACGUGCGUCCCGCCUCGCCGCUUUGUAGAGGGCAGGAGGGAAGAGGAGCUUUGAAGAAGAAGAGGAGGGAGAGGGAUAUGCCAGGGCCGGCAACGAUGGCAGCGACGUCGUCAUCGACGGCUGUGGUGGAGCCCGUGGAGCCACAGUCGCUGAAGAAGCUGAGCCUCAAGUCACUGAAGAGGGCGCUCGACGUCUUCGCCUCCACCCAUUCUCAGCCUGUCCCCCCUGACCCCAGGAGCAAGCAGAUUCGGAUUAACUACAAGGUAGAUGCUCUGUAUGGAGCUGUAAAGAACUUGCCAACUAAGCCAACCGAAGAGCAAGGCAACACGACCCUGCAAGAUCAAGGGGCUCCUUCUUCCAACUCAAUUGCAGUUCCAGCUCUAAAGGAUGGUGGUGACUCACAAAAAGGACAAACUGCUAUAGUUGUUGCUCCCCAACAACAAAAAGGACCAAACGAUGCUGGGUUAUCCGUCAAGGGUGCUGGUGGAAAUUUGGUUCCCAUGUCUGGAUCAACUGACAGGUAUCAGACAAGUGCAGCUAUUAUUGAAAGACUUCCAAGCAAAUGGCCUCGUCCUGUAUGGCAUGCUCCAUGGAAAAACUACCGGGUUAUCAGUGGUCAUUUGGGAUGGGUAAGGUCUAUUGCAUUUGACCCCAGCAAUGAGUGGUUCUGUACAGGAUCUGCAGAUCGCACAAUAAAGAUAUGGUCUGUUGCUACUGGAAAGCUUAAGCUGACCUUAACAGGACACAUUGAGCAGAUACGUGGUCUUGCUGUAAGUGUUCGACAUCCUUACAUGUUCUCUGCUGGUGAUGAUAAGCAGGUUAAGUGUUGGGACCUUGAACAAAACAAGGUUAUCCGAUCAUACCAUGGUCAUUUAAGUGGUGUGUACUGCCUAGCUCUUCAUCCUACUCUUGACAUUUUGCUUACGGGUGGGCGAGAUUCUGUUUGUCGGGUUUGGGACGUACGAACCAAAGCACAAAUUUUUGCUCUAUCAGGACAUGAAAACACAGUUUGCUCUGUUUUCACACAAGCUGUGGAUCCACAAGUUGUCACUGGCUCUCAUGACACAACUGUCAAGUUUUGGGAUCUUGCUGCAGGAGGAAAGACAAUGUUGACUCUGACUCAUCAUAAAAAAUCUGUUCGGGCAAUUGUGAAGAAUCCAUCCGACAAUACUUUUGCAUCUGCAUCAGCAGACAACAUAAAGAAGUUUAUGCUACCAAGAGGAGAAUUUUUGCACAAUAUGCUUUCACAGCAAAAGACAAUUAUCAACUCAAUGGCAGUCAAUGAGGACGGUGUGAUGGCUACUGCUGGUGACAAUGGGAGCUUGUGGUUUUGGGACUGGAAAAGUGGUCAUAAUUUCCAACAAUCUCAAACAAUUGUGCAGCCUGGAUCACUGGACAGUGAAGCAGGAAUAUAUGCUCUAUCAUAUGAUGUAACUGGAUCAAGGCUUGUAUCCUGUGAAGCUGACAAAACCAUAAAGAUGUGGAAACAAGAUGAGAUGGCGACGCCAGAAACCCAUCCAGUAAACUUCAAGCCUCCGAAGGAGUUCAGGCGAUUUUGAUUCAGGAACUUAUAGCUUUGACAAUUAGAAGAGAAGAUAGAAUUCAAGCUGCCUAAGGAGCCCUGGCUAUUUUAAGUUGCGGAACUGAUCGCUGCUGUGAUUGGAACAGGAGAUAUGUCUGGAUUCACUAUCGUAUUUUAAAACAGGGAAAAAGAAGUCUACUGUAUGAUUGCGCUGGAUGGUGGAUGGUGAAGGAAGGGGUUGUCGUGCAGCUCAGCGCUGAGAGUUACGCUGGGAAGGAUUGGUGCUUUUAUCAAAAUAUGACGACUGUGUCCCUCUAGUUAAGAUGAUAAAGCUUGAAAAUUCCUUGGGUCAUUGACUUCCCUUUAUGUGUACAAGUUCCCCUCCUGGGGCUUCUUGGUCUUUGUAUGAAUGUAGAAUUACAUGCCUAUUUUCGUGGGAAUCAACAUUUCACUCCA